UUAGGCGUCCGCGGGGACGGGCUACGUGCGCCCUGUUACUGUUAGCGAUGUGUAUGGAUGUUAUAAGUUGCUAGUUGAAGUGUUUAACUAUCACCAGUAGUGUGAUUUUCAUCAUGUUAGUCUGACUAAAGGACAGGCGUUCUUGAAGAUCUAGGCGUGUAAAACCCCCUGGCAGCUGCUGAUGUAGAUGGUGAUCCCAAGCAGGAUGGACCUUCAUUAUGCAGUAUUGCUGCUUGUCUCAGUUAUUUGUGCAGCCUGUUGUCAUGCAUGUUCCCCUGACAUCUGCCUUGGCAUAAUCGUACCUGAGUCCCCCGUGCUAGAAAUCGGCAAAGAAUUCACUGCCACCUGUGUCCUGUAUGAAUUUGGCCAUCGUCAGACCCAAGCUACUGCCGAUGACAUCUACUGGCAGUUCGGGAACGUGACCGUGGACAAAGAGUAUUACACCAAAAUUAACAAUUCGGCCGUCAGCCUCACCGUGACCGUCACCAAGGACCUCAAGCAGCCAUUGAAAUGCAACAUCUACACUCGAGUGCUGUCAUACAAACAUCCCAAAAAUGUGCAUGGAAUAUUCUUCCGAGUGGGCUAUCCCCCCAAGAAGCCUGAAAAUCUAUCAUGUAUCUUGAGCCAAGAUGUCAACAAAUCGUUGUCAGUUAUGAAUUGCACGUGGGACCCCGGUGCAGCCAGUUAUCUUCUAAAAACAACUUAUGAAUUAUGCUACACGAGGCUUCAGGAAACUCAUUGUGCCACGGCUGAUAAAAGGGAAGGAAUUGUACAUUUUAAUACCACCCCAUUUUUUUUUACUAUUAGUAUAUGGGUCAGAGUACAGAAUGAACUGAGAAUAGUCGACUCAGACAAGUUGCAGUUGGAUGUGAAAGAAAUCAUCAAACCAAGCCCUCCGGAAAAUAUAAGACUGACACCAGAGAAGAACCUUCCUAAUACGAUGAUGGUUCAAUGGAAAUCCCCCUUAUAUCGCAUUAUACCUGUGAUGACCUUGCACUACAUCAUUCGUUAUUGUGUUAAUGGAUCCAGUUCAUGGAAUGAGGUUCCAUCGAGUGAAAUUGCUGAAAAUGCAAACUCUUUUAGACUUCAGAGUCUGAUGCCCUUCACUGACUACGUUGUUCAGAUGUACUGCAAGGAAUCUGAGAACAACAGAUAUUGGAGUGAAUGGAGUGGGAAUGUUACAGCCAAGACCCCUGAAGCUACACCCUUAGAUGAACCAGGUUUGUGGAAAGUGUUAACUCCAUCUGAAGGUGAUGCCUCUGGGCUUGUGAAACUGCUAUGGAGGGAACCCAGCCAGUCAAAUGGAGUGAUACUGGGAUAUAACGUCACAAUUGAAAAAGCCGAUGGCAAACAAGAAACAUUUGAGACACUGGGACAUGAAUACUUGUUGCCAAAAGAUGCUAUCAGAGUAAAUAUGACAGCCUACAAUUCAGUGGGUGUCUCUCCUAAAGCAACGUUAACAGUGAACAAGGAGUAUGACCAGCCCGUCGAGAGUGUGGACUGUGUGCCCGUGGAUGGCAAGCUGAUGGUAAAAUGGAAGAUUCACAAAAACUUCAGACGGAGACCUAGUAGGUUCGUGAUCGAGUGGGUGUCCAAAAGUGAUGGAAAGGGCGACUGGCAGCAAGAACCAAGGGAAGCCCGAAAUACGACCCUCAAAGGAGACAUUCAGCCAUUCAAACGUUACAAUGUCUCUGUUUAUCCAAUAUAUGAUUCAUUUCCUGGGACACCCCGCACGAUACAAGCAUACCUCGAGCAGAAAGCUCCAUCACAUGGCCCUGUGAUCAAAGUGAAAAGCACAGGGAAACAUGAAGUUCAGCUCGAGUGGCCAGAAAUCCCACUGGACCACCAGAAUGGGUUUAUCACAGGCUACACGAUAUUUUACAAAGAGCUGAAUGACGACGGUAUUGAAAAGUCUGUAUCCCUUGGGCCUGAAAUACAUUCAUACGAACUGGGCUCUCUCAAGAAAAACAGCAAAUAUGUGCUGUGUAUCAUGGCAUCGACGGCCGUCGGGUCUACAAAUGGCUCUGACUUUACAUUUGGCACUUCUUUGUAUGGGCGAGGGGAAGUGGAAGCCAUUGUUGUGAGUGUUUGCAUUGGCUUUCUGUUUUUGACUGUGAUUGUCGUGGCCAUCUGCAUCAACAAGCAUACAGUGAUCAAGAAGCGUAUCUGGCCCCAGGUUCCUGACCCUUCCAACAGCACCAUUGCCAACUGGACACCUGAUUUUCCAACUAAACCGGAUACUCCGAAGGAAGGCAGCAUGACAGAUGUGAGCGUGGUCGAGGUUGACGUGUUUGACAAACCGGUGGCCGAGGAGGACAAGGCCUCACUGCACCUGAAGAAGGACAAGUACAUGUCGGACGAGCACAGCAGUGGCAUCGGUGGCUCCUCCUGCAUGUCGUCCCCCAGACAGAGCGUGUCAGACUGCGACGAGGGUGACUCCGGCCAGACAACCGCCAGCACCGUGCAGUAUUCCUCCGUGGUGGUCAGCGGCUACAAAGGCCAGACCCCCUCUGCCCCACUCCCGGCCUUCGCCCGCUCUGAGUCCACCCAGCCUCUCCUGGAGAGUGAGGAGCGGCCGGACGACCCCCCCGUGCAGGAUGCCUGCGGGCAUCUGCUUGGCCACAGGCGUUCCAGCAACCUUUAUUUCAGGCGUCCGUGGGCAGUGGAGGAGGACAGCCCAACAGAGACUAUGGAGGGGGAUGCCCUGGACUUCUGCUCCAUGGAGGACACGUCCCAGUCCAACAGGCCAGUCACAGAGAAUCUGCUUCCCAAUGAGACUAUGAUCCCUACCAGAUCCUAUAUGGCGCAGGUCAGUGGCUACAGGCCUCAGUGAGAGGCCAGAGGUGCCCCCUGCAGUAAAAUCUAAGCAUCUUCAGCAAAAAUUCACAAUCCCUACAGUGCCUUUGCUGGAUGCAAUGUAGCCCCUUUGAUCUGGAAGAAUCGCAAGGUGUUUCUCUACCACCUCUGUGCUGUUACACUUCACAGUAUUUUAGAAACAUAUUUUUGGACUGGUAUCUAAAGUGCCCUCUUGCUAAUAGAGGAGACAUUUUGCAGUAUCAGUUAAAUGUCCUUAUUUUCCCUGUCUGUUACAUAGUGUUUUUUUUGGCUAAAACUUAGUGUUACACUAAAUUUCUGCCUAGAGUCUGCAAUUUUGUUUUGCUUAUACUGCAAUGAACAUUCAAAUCUUACUACCGUAAAGCUAUUCACAGAGAUCUAUUGGAGAUAAUGCAAGAUAUACACCAUUAAAGACGUAUAGUCAUGUGUUAGCAAGGUGUAUCCUGCAAAUCCCAGUUUCUGUCACCCACAAUUGCUUUGUAGCAAGCAUAUAUUUAUCCACACUAAAAAUGUAUGUCUCUUAAAUAUCACUUUUGUAACUCAAGAGAGCAUUGACUUGUAUUUUUAAUUUUGGGUUUAAAUAAAGAGUUCAUUUAUCCAUCAUCAUUUCUUUAUACAGUGUUGGAGAAUUAAAAACAACAAAAAAAAACCUGCUCUUCCUGUUAGUGAUCCAAUGCUAGUAUGCUUUGAUAAUGAACAUGUAUGGACAGGCAUUCAUAUUUCGUUGUAAAAUGUAAAUGUCAGUAUUGCAGUGUAAAUGAUUACUGAUGCCCUGACUUCAUGCUGUGACAGCUGCUACUCUUAGGGUUGCCGCUCCGGCUUCAGUCAACACUACCUUUCAACUUAAACCAAAGUACUUGCAUGUCCGCUGCCUUUUUCCCAGAAUGCCCUCUCAAAACGCUUAUGAAUUACUAAUGCAUGAUUGUAAAUAUUUUUACUGUUUUUUAUUAAUUGAUUUGUAUAAAAGUGUGUAUAUAAAUAAAUCAUUUAAUUAGCAUCUGAA